AGUCCGGAAAGGGGCUGACCUUCGGGUAAGGUAUCGUGCAACAGGGCCGUUAGCUUGACGCUUUUCGCCGGACGAGCGCUGUAGGGGUUGGCAUUCCGCACGGUGAGGCAAGAUGCUGAAGUCCAAGACUUUCCUGAAAAAGACGCGAGCGGGCGGCGUGAUGAAGAUCGUGCGGGAGCACUACCUGCGGGACGACAUCGGCUGCGGUGCGCCCGGGUGCGUGGCUUGCGGCCGUGCACACGAGGGGCCGGUCCUGGAGCCGCAGCCGCUGGAUCCGAUGAGCAGCCUGUGCCCCCAGCCGCACUACUUGCUGCCCGAUACCAACGUGCUACUGCACCAGAUUGAUGUUCUUGAGGACCCAGCCAUCAGGAAUGUAAUUGUGCUGCAAACAGUCCUUCAAGAAGUAAGAAAUCGGAGUGCUCCAGUAUAUAAACGAAUUCGAGAUGUGACUAACAACCAGGAGAAGCAUUUCUAUACCUUCACUAAUGAGCACCAUAGAGAAACUUACGUAGAACAAGAACAGGGAGAAAAUGCUAAUGACAGGAAUGAUAGAGCCAUUCGAGUAGCAGCAAAAUGGUACAAUGAACAUUUCAAGAAAAUGUCAGCAGAGAAUCAGCUACAAGUUAUCUUCAUAACAAAUGAUAGACAAAACAAGGAAAAAGCCAUAGAAGAAGGAAUACCAGCUUUCACUUGUGAAGAAUACAUAAAAAGCCUAACUGGUAAUCCUGAACUCAUAGAUCGUCUUGCUUGUUUGUCUGAAGAAGGGAAUGAAAUAGAAAGUGGAAAAAUAAUAUUUUCAGAGCACCUUCCCUUAAGUAAGCUACAGCAAGGCAUAAAAUCUGGUACAUACCUUCAAGGAACAUUUAGAGCCAGCAGGGAAAAUUACUUAGAAGCUGCAGUAUGGGUUCAUGGAGACACUGAAGAAAACAAAGAGGUAAUGUUGCAAGGACUUAAAAAUUUAAACCGAGCUAUUCACGAAGAUAUUGUGGCUGUGGAGCUUCUUCCCAAGAAUCAGUGGGUAGCACCAUCUUCAGUGGUUUUACAUGAUGAAGGGCAAAAUGAAGAUGAUGUGGAGAAAGAAGAGGAGAGAGUACACAUGCUUAAGACUGCUGUAAAUGAAAAAAUGUUAAAGCCUACAGGUAGAGUUGUAGGAAUAAUAAAAAGGUGUUGGAGACCAUAUUGUGGUAUGCUUUCCAAGUCUGAUAUUAAGGAGUCAAGAAGACAUCUCUUUACACCUGCUGAUAAGAGAAUCCCUAGAAUUCGGAUAGAAACCAGACAGGCUUCUAUAUUGGAAGGACGGAGAAUUAUUGUUGCUGUUGAUGGUUGGCCCAGAAAUUCCAGAUAUCCAAAUGGACACUUUGUGAAAAAUUUGGGUGAAGUUGGAGACAAAGAGACUGAAACAGAAGUUUUGUUACUUGAGCAUGAUGUUCCCCAUCAGCCUUUUUCACAGGCUGUUCUUAGCUUUCUACCAAAGAUGCCCUGGAGCAUUACUGAAAAGGACAUGAAAAACCGAGAAGAUCUGAGACAUCUGUGUGUUUGUAGUGUGGACCCACCAGGAUGUACCGAUAUAGAUGAUGCUCUACAUUGUAGAGAACUUGAAAAUGGAAAUUUGGAGGUUGGUGUUCAUAUUGCUGAUGUUAGUCAUUUUAUUAGGCCAGGAAAUGCUUUGGAUCAAGAAUCAGCCAGAAGGGGAACAACUGUGUAUCUUUGUGAAAAGAGAAUUGAUAUGGUUCCAGAAUUGCUGAGCUCUAACUUAUGUUCCUUAAGAUGUAAUGUUGACAGGUUGGCAUUUUCAUGUAUUUGGGAAAUGAACGACAAUGCUGAAAUCUUAAAAACCAGAUUUACCAAAAGUGUGAUUAAUUCAAAGGCUUCUCUUACAUAUGCUGAAGCUCAGAUGAGAAUUGAUUCAGCAACCAUGAACGACGAUAUUACCACAAGUUUGCGUGGACUAAAUAAACUUGCUAAAAUUUUGAAAAAAGGAAGAAUAGAAAAAGGGGCUUUGACCCUCUCUUCUCCAGAAGUUCGAUUCCACAUGGACAGUGAAACACAUGAUCCUAUAGAUCUGCAGACCAAGGAACUUAGAGAGACAAAUUCCAUGGUGGAAGAAUUUAUGUUACUUGCCAAUAUCUCUGUUGCAAAAAAAAUUCAUGAAGAAUUUUCUGAACAUGCUCUGCUUCGAAAACAUCCCGCUCCUCCUCCAUCAAAUUAUGAAAUUCUCGUUAAGGCAGCUAAAUCCAAGAAUUUGGAAAUUAAAACUGAUACAGCCAAGUCUUUGGCUGACUCUUUGGACCAGGCUGAUUCUCCUACUUUCCCAUAUCUAAACACUCUGUUAAGAAUAUUAGCCACUCGCUGUAUGAUGCAAGCUGUGUACUUCUGCUCUGGAAUGGAUAAUGAUUUUCAUCACUAUGGUUUAGCGUCCCCGAUAUACACACAUUUUACUUCACCCAUCAGAAGAUACGCAGACAUCAUUGUUCAUCGAUUGUUGGCUGUGGCAAUUGGGGCAGACUGCACUUAUCCUGAGCUCACAGACAAACAGAAGCUUGCAGAUUUAUGUAAGAAUCUCAAUUUCCGGCACAAAAUGGCUCAAUAUGCCCAACGUGCAUCAGUGGCUUUUCAUACCCAGUUAUUUUUCAAAAGUAAAGGAAUAGUAAGUGAAGAAGCCUAUAUUCUGCUUGUAAGAAAGAAUGCAAUUGUGGUGUUAAUUCCAAAGUAUGGUUUAGAAGGUACAGUCUUUUUUGAAGAAAAGGACAAACCAAAGCCACGGCUUACUUAUGAUGAUGAGAUACCUUCACUUAAAAUAGAAGAUACAGUGUUUCAUAUAUUUGAUAAAGUUAGAGUGAAAAUCGUGUUAGACUCAUCUAAUCUUCAGCAUCAGAAAAUCCGAAUGUCCCUGGUAGAACCACAGAUACCAGGAAUAAACAUACCUGCUGAUACUUCAAACAUGGACACUUACGAGCCAAAGAGAAAGAAGAAGAAGCAGCUUGAAAAGUAGCUACAGUCAACAAAAACAACUUCCAAGCUUGGUUCCCUUUAAAAAAAUGAAAAACAAAACACCUUGAAAGAACACCUCUAAACCUAAGAAGUGUGAGAUAGACAGUUUGUUACUUUCAAGUCCAUUUUAAUAAUUUUUUAAAUUUGCAUUUUUAUUGAACUGUUGACUGUGCUGGACUGCCCAUCGUACUACUUCAUUUCUGGAUUGAACAGAACUAUUUAUGCAGAAAAAUUGAAUUGAAUAUCACUUAAGUACUGUCAGGAUAGCAACUUCAGGGAUCUGUAAAGAUCAUUUAAGCGGAGCAUUCAUCUGCUCACUGAGGAACAGGUUAAUUUUGUGUAAGUAAUUUGAUUAUUUAAUAUUGACAGACAAACUAUCAUUUUUCUAUGGAGGAAAAUAAAACAUUUUUAGAAGCCAGGAACGAUCUAUUUCUAAAUCUUGAAAACUGUCAGUGUUUGGUAUGGCAAUUUUCAGAUUUCAAGACAGUUAAGUCAAGAUUUGUCGAAGAUCAGUAUUUAAUCUCCUCUGCCAUUUUUAAUUUACCUGACAAACAUGUUCUGUCAACUGUUAAAAAGCCUGCCUUUAUUAGUGGUCCCUGAACAGCUGUGAAUGUUUGGGGGUUAGAUGUUGUAAGAAGGCAAGAAUAGGAUAUUUUAAUCUGAAUAGAAAAAAAAAAUUUUUUUUAAUAACAAGUUAAAAGGAUCAUUGUGUGUGACCUUCAAAUCUCUUUCCCAAAACUAAGGCAGUAGGGCUCAAAGAAAAGAACAGAGAUGGUACUAUGAAUGUCUACAUCAUGUUAUUUAUAAAAUAAAGUAGGUAAUGGCUUUUUAAACUGCAUCUGUAUCAGAUUCUAUAGGAAAGGCGUAAUUUUAAGUAAGGACUUAUUAAGGGGAACAGAUUGAAGUAUUACAACUUGGUAUGCCGGAGUGACUACUUCCCUUGUUAACCAGAAAGAUUAGUAAUGAUUAUUGCUUUCAAGAAUAUUUUGAGAUAGUUACCUUUCAACAUUUUACUUCGCUUAUUCUUAUUCUAUACUUACAAAGUACAAGUCUUAUCACCAAUCAAGUAAACUAUCUUUGUCUUAGGAAAACAUCUGUAUGUGGAGGCAGGACUUGUUUCAGUUGAAGGAAGAUAGCUUUGAGUCCAAGAAAUGGACUAAGGUGCAACACCAGGCACCUUGCACUAAGUGUAAGGUGCAACACUUAGGUUGCUUCCAUAUCUUGGCAAUUGUAAAUAAUGCAGCAAUAAACACAGAAGUUCAUUUAUC